AUGCAAGGUUUACAAGCGCCUAGUCGAGGAUUUUGUGGACUUAUUAAACCCGGUCGUUCAGGGAAUUUUCACAGUGAUUCUUUCAGUACAACAUCUGCAAGUAUUCGUCAACAAUUAGGCAAUGGAUUACUAAAAAUGGAGCUUGGUGAAUAUUCAUUAACUGUACUAUGCGAAUUAACUAAUCCUAAUUCUACUUAUGAAUAUUCUGUACGUCAAUUUCCAUCGAAAAUUAUGCCAACAUUUUGUACAUAUAAAAUACAAAAUAAUAAAGUCAAAUUACGUUUGAGAAAAGCUUGUGGUUCUGAACAAUGGGCUGGUGCAUUAGCUGUUAAAGGUUUAGAUCAAAGUUGA